AUGAAGAACCAUGAACUGGGCAUUGCCACGCGGUUUACACGGGUUAUAGUCAUGGCAAUCGUGAUAUCAGUGAUAUUGCUACUUGUUUUUGUCGGAGUUCUAGUCCUGAUUCAUAUCUGUGUAAUAUUGAGGAAUUUCAGAGGAAGAACCGACAACAUUAAUAUGGGAGAGAGAGGCAAUUUUGGGAGCAACAGCAUGUCCCAAGAGGAUAUAGAAAAGCUUCCUUGCUUUGAUUUUCAAGCCAAAGAGAAGGGUAGUAGUAGUUCAGUGGACUGUGCAAUUUGUUUGGAUAAUCUCAAGGUGGGUGACAAGUGCAGACCAUUGCCUCAAUGCAACCAUAGUUUUCAUGCUGAAUGCAUAGACUUGUGGCUCUUGAAGUCCCCCUUUUGUCCAAUUUGCAGGGCUAGCGCUAAUGUUCUAAGGGGCUGUUCUAAUUAG